AUUUAUUAGUUAACUGUACAUUGUCCGUACCGGUUGUUGUUUUCUGUUUUGUGCUGCAGUCAUACCGAUAAACCUUGAAUUAAUCUAUUCAUAUGUGUAGUUCGUGUGUGUUCGUGUGCUGUUUGCAAAAAUUACUAAUUAUUGAUACAUCUAUUACCGCCGAUACCGAAUAUCCACCCGGUUAGUCUAGGAAAAUGACGAAGAGCAAGAAAGAGAAGGCCGCUUCUGACAAGAACAGUAAUAUAAAAGGGGAAGAGAUCGCUACCGCCUACAUAGUGACGCCGCCGGGCACGCCACCAAAAAACGGACUUAAGAUCGCCAACAACUACGGCAAUGGCACGAGUGGAAGUUCCACUGUCCCCUGGGAACGGGUAAUCAUUGGGCAGUUUCUGCUGGAGAUGGGCGACAGUCAGAAGAUCAGUGCUCGCAAUGAUUGGUACGUGGAUAAGACGCAAAUGCGGAUGCUCUUCGAGGACUAUCUGGAAAAGAGUCCCAAAUACACGGAGCUUCGCCUUAAGCUGUCAGCCAAUGGAGCCUAUAAAGAAUUGGCGUUUAUGCAAACCGGAACAGUAACACCAAACUUCUUUCAUUUAAAACCACCAUAUCAUCUGAAUGAAUUGGAUAAUGAAAUGAUUAAACAACAAAAUAUUAAUCGUCAAACCAUAAAUGGAUUGGAAUGGUCAGAUGGUGAAAUAUCAUAGUUAAGUUAAGGUGAAAUACUUUCACCACUAAAUAGAUUUAGCACCGUUAUUGUACGUGGUGAAAUUAAAAAAAGUUUUUAUCUAAGUAUUUAACAAAUAAUAUUAUUGAUAUCGAUAUAGGAAAAAGUCUCACAUUUUAUCCAAAUUUUUUUACAAACUGUAGAAUCCACAAAAAAAUUCCUCUUAGAUGUGCUCUAAAUAAUUUAUUUAAGCUAUUUGUUAUCUUGGAAAAUUCUAACUACGCUAUCUACUGUAAUAGUGACUCAUAUGUUUAAAUUUUCAGUUUAUAUUCAGCACUUGUAGUAACUAGUUGUUUAAAAUGGAUUCAUUAAAGCGUUUGUUUGAAAAGGAUCCUCACAAAAGCGGAUACACACAAGUUGUUUAUUGUAAUUAUUGCGGAUCUGAUACUCACUUAGAAAAAAACUGCCCCAAAAGCGCGAUCAGGAGACGCGUAAUUAGAAUAUCUUAGAUGUUAGAAAACAUUUAUAAAAUAU